AAUGCUAGUUGGGCUACAAGUUGAAAGCGACCAAAACAAACGAUGACGGCCGAGCAAAGGAGCCGAAAAAAAGCCUGGAUUAACCAUGAGGAUGCCUUUGCUUUGAGUGUUGUAGAGUUCUAGAUACAGUGUUAGAGGUACCUUUGUUUCUACAUGACUGACUUGUUGAGAUUACGCGAUUUUGAGUGCCAGCUAGCCAGUCUGAGCUGUAGGUUAACUGCAUCUGGUAUUGAUGCGGUUCCUGUACCCUAACGUUAUGCGUUGGCUAACUCAUAGCUUUGCUAACUAGCGGUGGUAGCUAGCUGUCCGCAAAGCUUUUCUGGACAGAACAAUAUUUGAAAUUGCGAAACAUUGCUCGCACCAGGUUAUCGUUGACAACGAAAAAUGCAGAGACAAAAGUAACUGUACGUCAUGCGGCAACACCAAGUUUCCUUUAACAUCUGUGUUAACAAUUUGUGAACUUGAUGAUAGCUAGCUAGCCUAAUAGUCAAAAUGAGUUGGUUCAACGCAUCUCAUCUGUCUAGCUUCGCUAAACAAGCUUUAACAUCAGCACAGAAGUCAAUCGACCGAGUUCUCGACAUCAAAGAGGAGGACCAAUGGGGUGACACAGCUGUAAUGCCCUAUGAUGAUGUUACAUUACCUGCAAAGCUGUCAUUAAGUGGAGGGUGGGGAAUGACGCAGUGGGAAGCACCCCCUGAAGAAAAGACCAUCACUCCUCCUCCUUCUUCCGAGGCCAUCACUACCCCUGUCACCCGCACAGUUGUGGAUGAAUCCGAAAACUUUUUCAGUGCCUUUCUGUCACCUGGCGAUGUACAAGGUGUGACCAAAAGCCAGGUAGUGUCUGUACCCCCUACUAAGUCUCAAAGGCGGCCUCAGGAGAAGGAGAAGAAAAGCAAAGGAGCAGUGGUCCAAAAAGAAGUGGAGACUCAAAAGUCAGCACCUACUGUCAAGAGUCAUGAGAAUCAGACAGUUCCUGAGAGCCAGCCCCUUGAGCCGGAGUCCACGCUGGCAGCACCUUAUCCAGACACUGUCCUCCUGGAGCCAGUUUCUCCUGCUGUGGCUUCUUCCGAUGAUCUUCCUUGUACCCCUGACAGCAAAACGAGCAGUGUGAAAACAGAUGUUGGCUCAACACUCUCCGUAGACUCAAAAACAGAGCAGUCAUGCACUCCAUCAGAGCACCAAGUUGAACAGGAUACCACAGAUUCUGCUGAACCUUCUACUGUCACUUCUGAACCCAAGAGCUCUACCCCUUCAGAUCCUUCCCCCUCCUCUUCCUCUAAAGAAGUGCUUAUAGAGAAUAAAGACUCAAAGGUGGAGGACCGUCAAAAUGAUACCCCCUCUCCCCCAGUCAGUGCUUUUUCCUCAGGAACCUCUACCACCAGUGACAUUGAAGUGCUGGACCAUGAGUCUGUGUUGAGCGAGAGCUCAGCCAGCUCCAGACAAGAAACUGGGGAGGGUAAGGCUGGCCUUCACCUGAUGCAGGGCUCCUUCCAGCUUCUCACUGCCUCCACCUGUGGAGAUUUCCCCCGUCUCGAGGACUAUUCCAAACUCACGGAGAGCUGCGGCUCCUCCUCAGAUGCAUUUGAGCGCAUAGAUUCAUUCAGUGUGCAAUCACUCGAUAGCCGGAGUGUCAGCGAGGUUAACUCAGAUGAUGAGAUCCCUGGCAGUCGGACACUGGCGUCUGUCACUGCAGGCCCUGCUCCUUUAACAGUGUCAUCACCUGUCUGUCAGAAACAGGAAGAUGGCCUGGUGGAGAAGGUAGGAGAGGAGGAGGAGGAGGAGGAAGAAGAGGGCUUUCCUGAAACAAUGAGGGAGCAGUCGCUGGAUGAGAUGGAGGAGAGUGGACGGAGUGCGACGCCUGUUAAUAGUGAGCAGCCUGAAGAGUUGACAGAACAGGAACAGGGUUUUGAGGCUAAUGUCACACUGUGCGAUCUCACCUCCAAAGCUGAAGAACAGAGCAUUCCACCAAUCACAGAAGAGAUGAAGAGUUUCUCAACAGUUCAGAUUUUGGAGCUUCAAAAGGUCGUUGAUGAGCUGUCAGGCCGCCUUGAGAAGAGAGAGUCUCAGCUGCUGACAGUCAGCAAAGACAAGGCCAGGCUGGAGGAGGAGUGUGACAAUCUCAAAGAUGAAGUGCUAAGCCUGAAGGAGGAGAGCUCCACUGUUCAGUCCCUAAAGGAUGAGUUCACCCAGCGCAUAGCCGAUGCAGAGAGGAAGGCUCAGCUGGCCUGCAAAGAAAGAGACAUAGCCAAGAAGGAAAUAAAGGGCUUGCGAGAAGAGCUCUCUACAAGACUUAACUCCAGUGACACAAUGGAGAUCAUCAGAGAGAAGGAAGAGCAGAUCCGAGGCCUGCUGGAAGAAGGUGAAAAGCUGUCGAAGCAGCAGCUGCAGCACAGUAACAUCAUCAAGAAACUGCGUGUGAAGGAGAAGGAGAGUGACACCAAGAUCACCAAGCAGCAGAAGAAAAUCAAGGAGCAGGAUGAGGAGCUCAGGCAACUGCAGCAGGUUCUAGAUGGGAAGGAGGAGGUGGAGAAGCAGCACAGGGAGAACAUCAAGAAACUGAACGGCGUGGUGGAGCGGCAGGAGAAGGAACUGAGCAGGCUGCAGACAGACAGCGAGGAGCUGCAGGAGAAGAACAGGAGCCUGCAGGCUGCUCUGGACAACUCUUAUAAAGAGCUGGCAGAACUUCACAAGGUGAAUGCCAGCAGAGCCAGUGAGGCAGAAGAAGCAGCUCUUAGCAGGGACACACUGGCCAAGGAGCAGCUGAGCCUGGCUCUUGAAAAGGCCCAAGAGGAGGCCAGGAUUCAACAGGAGGCCCUGGCCGAUCAGGUGGCUGACUUGAGACUGGCUCUGCAGAGGGCUGAGCAACAGCAAGCAAGGAAAGAAGAUUAUUUGAGGGAGGAGAUCAGUGAGUUGCAGCAGCGGCUUCAGGAGGCAGAGACAAGGAACCAGGAACUCAGUCAGAGUGUCACCUCUGCAACACGGCCCCUACUGCGCCAGAUCGAGAAUUUACAGGCCUCACUCGGCGGCCAGACAGCAUCGUGGGAAAAACUGGAGAAGAACAUCUCUGACAGGCUCGUGGAUGCCCAGGCACAGCUGGCUGUUGCUGUGGAGAAGGAGCGAUCAGCAACAGAAGAACUGCUGUCCAUCAAGUCACAGCUGGCCUCUCUGGAGUCCCAGAAUUCCCUGGUCCGCCAGGAGAAGGCGCGACUCCUGGCACAGGUGGACGCUGAGAAGAGCAAGAGAGAGAAGCUGGAGGAUGAGAGCAGCAGGGAGCACAUUGAGCUGGAAAAUCUGCGAGGAGAGCACGUACGGAUGCUUGAAGAUGCCAAGAAAGAAAAGCUGCUGCUGACCAAUCAGUUAGAGAUGGAGAAGAUGAAGGUGGAGCAAGAGAAGAAGAAAUGCUACUUGGCACAAGAGGCACUCAGGGAAAAGGAGCGAAAGGCCAUGACCCACUCUGUAGGAGAGCCCCCAGCCUCGUCCACACCCUCCCUGUCCCGCUCCAGCUCCAUCAGUGGGGCAGACAAUGCUGGUCUGCACACCUCUAUUCUUUCCCAGGAUGACUCUUUAGACCACUCGCUGAGUACCAUGACCAUGUCCAUGAGCGGAACCAACCUGUACGAGGCCGCCAGGCUGUCUGGAGGCUCCAGCAUCAUAGAGAACCUCCAGUCUCAGCUCAAACUCCGAGAAGGAGAGAUAGCACAGCUGCAGCUUGAGAUCUCCAAUCUAGAGAGGAGUCGUUCUGUGAUGGCAGAAGAGCUUGUACGACUCACCAAUCAAAAUGAUGAGAUGGAGGAGAAAGUGAAGGAGAUCCCCAAGUUGAAAAUUCAACUCAAGGACCUGGAGCAGAGGCACAACACCAUCCUGCAGAUGUAUGGAGAAAAGGCUGAAGAGGCAGAGGAGCUGAGACUAGACCUUGAAGAUGUUAAGAACAUGUACAAAACACAGAUAGAUGAACUGCUGCAGAACCAGAAAUAAAGUUUUUAUUGCCCUGUGUUACUUCUGGGACACUCACAAACAAAUCAGUUGACCCUCAAAGCCACAUGUGCAUUCACAGAAAAAGACCAGGCAGAGAAUCUUAGUUUAAUCACUAAAGAAAAUUCAUUUAUCUUAUUUUAAUUAAUUAUUACAUAAUAUAUUUAAGUGGGGUAUUGGGAUUAUGCAUAAUGUACGAUGUAUUAUUACAGAACCAGUAUGAAGGAUAGCCACAGUUUGUGAUUCGGGUGUCUAUUUGAAAUCUUUUGGACUUCCAGUAGUACAAAAAUAAUUGGUCAUGAUUGAACCUUUCUCAUAGCAUUGUAUAGACAGUUUAUAACUGUAGGAGAUGGUGAAGGUUUUUUUUGCACUAUACAAAUUCAUCCUUAUUUCUGAAUGCAUUACAGAAUUGAGGAACUAUAUGACAAAAUAUUGUACAGAGAAAUGUAUGUAUUGUUAUCUCCUUACAAAUCACAGAAUGUGGCGUAGACCUGAGAGUAGUUUGUGACUGAAAUCCUUAAGAUUGGAUGUUGAGCCGUAUAAAUAUGUAAAUGAAUAAACAUUUAUUUGGGUGGUGGAAAAUACGAUCAUUCUUAAUUUGAAUUGUGUGGAAUCACACUUUAGAGAAAAGUAGUUUCACUGCAUUCACAUUAUAUACCACAUGAUCUUAAUAAUGCACUAAACCCUUUAAAUCUCUUUAUAUGUUCUGAAUGAUUUCAUGAAGAUGUUCUAUCUAUGUUCUUAUGCAAGACUAAAUGGACUGAUUAAAUUUAAUUAAAACUGA